GUUAAAAUUGCACACUAAAUAUUGUAGAAAUCCGCGAAAAAUGUUGACAAUACCAAUAAUCUAGGACAGAAAUGAGUGAUUUUCAAGAAUACCCAGAUGUUGUACAAGAAAUUAGAGGGGCUUUGAAUCCUGGACGCUUAAAACUUCAGAGAAACAGUGUUAUUUUCAAAAAUGUGAAAACUGGCAAGGUAGAUCAGUUUCAGAGCUCUGACAUUGAUAAAGUGCAAUGGCUAAAGAGAGCUAGAGGCUUUUGUCUCAAAUUUGUUUUAAAUAGUGGUGCUGGAGGUAUUCACAGAUAUGAUGGAUUUAAAGAAGCCGAAUUUGAUAAAUUGGCCAAGUUUAUCUCCAGUUACUACUCCAUCAGUCUUGAGAAGGUGGACAUGUCCUUAAAAGGAUGGAAUUGGGGGACAGCAGAUUUUGAAGGAAAUGCUUUGAACUUUAAAGUAGACAACAUGAUUGCCUUUGAUAUUCCUCUGACCUAUGUAAUGAAUUCGACUACUGCAAAGAAUGAAGUGACUAUAGAGUUUCACCAGAAUGAUGAUGCAGCUGUUUCAUUAAUGGAAGUCAGAUUUCACAUUCCACCUGGUCCUGACACAGAGAGAGACACAGUAGCUGAAUUUCACAAGAAUGUUAUGGAGAGUGCAGAUAUUAUUCAAAUUAGUGGAGAGAGUAUCUGUACAUUAUCUGAAGUGCAAUGUCUCACACCAAGAGGUCGUUAUGACCUCAAGCUGUUCCUUGGAUUUCUGCAGCUUCAUGGCAAGACGUUUGAUUACAAAAUUCCCUACCAGACAAUCUUGCGUUUAUUUUUGUUACCUCACAAAGAUGGUAGGCAGAUGUAUUUUGUGGUGAGUUUAGAUCCCCCAAUCAAACAAGGGCAGACAAGAUAUCAUUUCCUCAUUCUAUUAUUUAACAAAGAGGAUGAAAUGACCCUUGAACUCAGUUUAUCAGAAGAGGACAUCAAAACAAAGUAUGAAGACAAACUUCAGAAAGAAAUGUCUGGUCUUGAGUUUGAAGUCGUCAGUAAAGUUUUCAAAGCCAUAACUGGACGCAAGAUCACAGUCCCUGGCAGUUUCAUGGGUCAUUCAGGCGCUCAAGCUGUUAGCUGCUCGUACAAGGCUGCCACCGGACUCCUCUACCCACUGGAGCGUGGUUUCAUCUUUGUUCACAAACCACCAAUACAUAUUAGGUUUGAUGAAGUUGCAAGUGUUAAUUUUGCCAGAAGUGCCGGCAGCACCAGGUCAUUUGACUUUGAGGUUGACACGAACGCUGGGGCCACAUUCACAUUUGUUGGUGUAGAGAAAGAUGAAUAUGGAAAAUUGUAUGAUUUUGUUAAGGAAAAGAAACUCAGAGUCAAGAACAUUGGUGAUAAAGGAAGUAAAACAGUUUCCUAUAAUGAGAUGUCUGACAGUGAUGCUGAAGGUGGUGACCAUGAUGCCUACCUCGAGAGAAUGAAAGCUGAAGGCAAAGACAGAGAUGAUGAUGACAGUGAUGACAGCUCAGAUGAAUCCUUCAAUCCUGGAGAGAGUGGUAGUGAAGUAGCUGAGGAGUAUGACAGUAAUCCACCAACAACAUCAGAUGACUCGGACUCAGAGUCCAGUGAAGGAAGCAGUGAUGGUCAAGACGUUGGCUCUGAUGCUGAAGAAAGAAGGAAAGCUAGGGAGGAGAAGAGGAAAGAAAAAGAACAAAAGAAAAAAGAAAAAGAGGAAAAGAAAAAAGAACAGAAGAAAGAGCAGAAAGCUAAAACAGCCAAAACAGUUAAAGAAGGUGCCCCAAGGAAAAGGAAAAGUGGUAAAGGUAAAGACAAAGAUCCCAAUCGGCCUAAGCGCCCACAGUCUGCAUACUUUAUUUGGCUCAAUGAGCACAGAGAACAAAUCAAAGAGGAGAACCCUGGCAUUUCAAUCACAGACCUCUCAAAGAGAGCGGGAGAGAUGUGGAAAGAAGUUACAGAUAAAACAGAAUGGGAUGAAAAAGCCAAAGAAGCCAAAGCAGACUAUCAGAAAGCGAUGGAGGAAUACAACAAAAACAAGCCAUCAGAUAGUGAGGGUGAGGAGGAAGAAUCCAAACCAGCCAAAUCUAAACCUCAGCCUAAGAAAAAAGCAGAUACAAGCACUAGUGGUGCUGGGGGAGGUGGUGGCUUCAAGAGCAAAGAAUACAUCUCUAGCUCUGGCAGUGAUUCUAGCAGUUCUGAAGGUAGUGACAAGCCUCUGAAGAAGAUUGCAAAAAAAUCUAAGAAAGCAGAAAGUCCUGUCAAGUCAGAACAAGAGUCAGCAAAGUCUGGUAAAGGCUCUGACAGUGAAGAGGAAAAAAAAGAAGCUUCAGCAUCCCCUGCCUCCGGCUCCCCAGCAUCAUCAGCUAAAGAAGAGUCAGGUUCAGGGUCUGAGUAAUAAAACUUUGUUACGCUGGGAAAUGAACCAGCAUCUACACAUCAUUGAAUGCAAAGUAUUACAAGACCAAGUCAACUUGACAGAGAGGAAAAUGUGAUGGACAAUCUUUUUUAAGACACCGUCAGAGCCUGUUGAAAUAUGUGGCUCACAUUAACAUAUUUCAGUUUUAAACUUAAAACAAAAUUGACAUUUUAUGUCAAGGUUUUUUGGUUUUUUUUUUGUGUGUUUCUUUCUGGUUUUUGUAUUGGAUGAUAAAAGCAAAGUUAUUAAUGUGUAUUGUUGCAUUAAAAUUUGACCAAAUCUCUCA